CCCAGUGGCUUGCUUCUAAUGAACAGAAUAAAAUAAAGGUGAUAAAUCUUACUUCCAAGAUUACGUUACAAAAGUCUGUGACUUUUGCCUUGUUCUUUCUCUUGUUCUCUCUCUCUUUCUCACUUUGAUGAAGGCAGAUGUCACGUCAUGAGCUGCCCUGUAAAGAGGGCCAUCUUCUGAGAAACUGAGAGUGGCCGUCAUCCAACAGCCGGUGAGGAACCAGUAGUUAUUUCAACUACAGCCUCCGCUGACAUCUAGAUUACAACCUGUGAGAGACCCUAAGCCACGGGACCCAGCUAAGCUGCACUCCACAUCCACUGCAUACUUCUCACUGAAGAGGGAACUCUCCUGUUUCAGUCCCAGAUACGCCAUUCUGCUGGACGUCAUUGGCUUUUGCAAACUUGGUACCGAUAAGAAAGAAUCUUUCCUCUCUGGGGCUGCAGAGACCCUCUGACCCCCAAAGCCUAAAAUGUUUGCCAUGUGGCUCUUUGCAGAAAAAGUUGGCCAAUCCUCGCUUUAGAGUCAGGCACUUCUCUCUGAGCCUCAGUUCUUCAGCUCUUAAGUAGGAAUUAUAGUAGUACCGCCUCAUAUGUGACGUAUAACAACGUUAUGAGAAUUAGAUGAAAACAAGCAUUCCUGAUCAAACCAGCUCUGAAUCAGCACCACGGACAGCACCAACGUCCUUUCCUGGGGAUCCCCAGGAGCCAGGUUUCAAGAAAACCGACAUGGUCUGAGGAGGCGCCACCUCCCAAGAUGCCCGCCACUUCCUCCCAGCCCUCACCACACAGUUGAAAAGAAUCUUCUGUGAAUUCAGGUGCAUGUCUCUUCUCUCGUGAAAUCCUCACCAUCCUGAAGGUGGACGACUCCCAGGCUGGCGUUCCUCGCUCUGUGUCUCGUGCACACUGGGACUGCUGGGAGCAGAGCCCGCUGGGGCAAAGGCUCGGAGGCCAGCAGACCUCGCCGUGCUCUGGAGCAAUGAGCAGAAUCAUGGCCCCAUGAGCCACCAGCGGUGAAGAAAUCCAUCCUUUCGCCCAAACACCUCUGACAAAUGCGGAAGUUUCUGCCCCUUUCGAAAUCUUCCCCUUCCCUUCUAUACUUUCUUCCCUUCCAAACCCCAUUGUGCAGAGAAUCACAGCCUCAAUUUCCCGGGCAUCCUCCGAGCUGGGCUCCCCUCGACGUCCCCGACUUGUGCUAACACAGGGAAUCCUCGCCUCCAGCGCCUGAGUGUUCCCUUUCUCCAGUCCUCCUGACACUGAACCUCCAACUUGGAGGGAGAGUGACACCCCACACUGCCUAUGUGGCCCCCAUCGUGGCUCCUGUCACAGGGGACUCCAGCUUCUGGGCCACCUAUUGUCUCCCCACUGGGCAGUGACUCAGGGCUGCAAACCAGGGCUGCUGUGAGACCUUGUGAGCAGAGAGGGGACGCCCACUAUGGUGAUGCUGAGGGAGGAACGUCAGUCGGCUUCCCUCAUCUCUUGGUUCCCUGAGUCCCUCCCCUGGCUGGAAUGACCUUCACAGACAGAGUCAAGGGGUCUGGCCAGAAGGGACCCAUUUUCACUUUGCAGAAAAAUGACCCCAAAGGGUACGGGCAUUGGCCAGAAGGCAGGAGAUGGGGCUCAGGCCCUGCAUGGGGUGUGAAUUUGGGUGAGGCUCUCACCCUGCCUGGUCCCAGGGUCCCCAGGAGUGGAUGUGUGUGGAGGAUUGUUGACUCCAUGGGCUGUCCUGGCCCUGACAGUGUCUGGGGGUGAAGUUCCUCCUCUGAGGAGGGUCACUGUUCUGCCCUCACCCUCAGCUUCCUGUUGGAGCUUUCUCUAAAUCUUGCAACUUUUGGUUCCUGAGAGAGAACCCUGAGAAACAGCCUUUCUGGUUACACAAAUAACCAGCUCUCUGUGCAUGUGACGGGUAAGGCGCUGGCACUGUCAACCCCAGAGAUGCUGCUGCUGCUGCUGCUGGCCCUGCUCUGGUGGACGGAGGGGGCCAAGGGCCAGAGGGUGCCCUUGCAGGGUUACUCACUGCGGAUGCAGGCGUCCGUGACAGUGCAGGAGGGCCUGUGUGUGUUUGUGCCCUGCGAUUUCUCCUACCCCCGGGAUAGCUGGACGGUCUUAACCUUUGCUCAUGGCUACUGGUUCCGGGAAGGGGCCAGAGUAAACCAAGAUGCAUCAGUGGCCACAAAUGAGCCAGAUCGUAAAGUGAACGAGGAGACCCAGGGCCGCUUCCACCUCCUUGGGGACCCCCGGACCUACAACUGCUCCCUGGACAUCAGAGACGCCAGGAGGAGAGAUGAAGGAAAAUACUUUUUUCGAGUGGAGACAUAUUCUUACAGAAAUAACCAGCUCAAUUUGCAUGUGACAGCCCUGAACCACACACCUGACAUCCUCAUCCCGGAGACCCUGGAGUCUGGCAGCCCCAGGAACUUGACCUGCUCUGUGCCCUGGGCCUGUGAAAGGGGCACGCCCCCCAUCUUCUCCUGGACAUCGGCUGCCCUCACCUCCCUGGGCCCCAGGGCCCGCCUCUCCUCGGUGCUCACCCUCACUCCACGGCCUCAGGACCAUGGCACCAUCCUCACUUGUCAGGUGAAGUUCCCUGCAGCUGAUGUGACUGUGGAAACGACCAUCCAGCUCAACGUCACCUACUCUCCACAGAACUUGACCAUCACUGUCUUCCAGGGAAAUGGCACAGCAUCCACAACCCUGAAGAAUGGGUCAUCUCUUUCAGUCCAGGAGGGCCAGUCCCUGCGCCUGGUCUGUGUCGUUGACAGCAACCCUCCUGCUAGGCUGAGCUGGGCCCGUGGGAGCCAGAGUCUGAGCCCUUCACAGCCCUUGAACCCCGGGGUCCUGGAGCUGCCCCAGGUGGAGUCGAGUCAUGAAGGCGAAUUCACCUGCCAAGCUCAGCACCCUCGGGGCUCCCUGCACGUCUCCCUGAGCCUCUCUGUGCAGAGAAAAGCGUGUCCUUUAUCAGGAGCAGCACUGGGGGCCAUCAGUGGAGCAUGUGCUGCAGCCCUGCUCCUCCUGUCCUUCUACGUCAUUGUCAUCAUAGUGAGGUCCAGAAGGAAUAAAGGAGCAAGCCCAGCAGUGGGUGUGGGGGACAUAGACAUGGAGGGUGCAAAUGCUGUCACGAGAUCAAUCUCUCAGGGUCCCCUGAUUGAAGGCUGGGAAGGCAGCCUCCCAGACCACCUUCCCACAGAGCUGGCUUCCCCCUGCUCAGGAGAGGAAGAGGAGCUCUAUUAUGCAAACCUCAGCUUUUCUGGGAUGAAGCCUCGGGACCCGCAGGAACAGGAGGCCGCUGGUAGUGAGUACUCAGAGAUCAAGAUCCACAAGUGAGCGACUGCAGAGACACGGCCCUGGCUUGAGGGGUCACGGCCCCUGUGGGGCAAAGAACAAGUCAGGAGCUGAUUCCUGUAGUGUUAGACUCCCUCUAAAUAGUGUGAAGAACCCAGGGUUUGGAACCAAAGAGUUUUGAGUUUGAAUCCAAACUCUACCCCUUUACUAAGUAUGUGACGGACCAACUGCUACCUCUCUGUGCCUCAGUUUCUCCGUGAGAACAUGGAUGAGAAGCCCUACUUGCAAGUUCAUGGUGAGAAUUCCAGGAGUCAAAUCCUAUCAGAGCACCCGUCACAAAAUGUGUGUUGAGCACAUGCUGGAUCCUUGUGCUUUGAAUAGAGGGUCACAUUGGGAAAUUCUCUUGAUCUGGAGGGCACCAGCACCAGACCUCAGACCUUUAAUGCUGUGGCCUCUCCUCCUAGAAUGUCCUCCCGCUGGACCUUCUCUGCCUCUGUCUUUGAAAGUUGAGCUCUACAGGUGGACUUCUGGAUUGAGAUAGGAAAGUUAAGCAGCAGCUCAUGAUCCUCCCCUAUAGAGACAAACCAAACAAAUGAGAAAGGUUCCCAAAUGAUCACACGACCAUCUGAUGGAUGAAACUACAUGACCCCCAAAGUUCACCUACAGCACCCAAACGAGGAAAGGAAUAUAUCACAGCAGUUACUUCAUAAAGUAGCCUUGAUGGAGAGAAAUCAAAGGAUUGGAUGAGGCACUAAGAUUCCCUCCAAAUGGACCCCAGGCCAUUUAUAACAGCACCAAAAAAAAUAAAGUAGCAAGAAGCAAAUUUUUUAUGUAAACAUGCAAUACUUCCACACUGAAAAGUACAGAGUAUUGCUGAGAGAAAUUAAAGAAGAUCCAAAUGAGCGAAGGAAUCUACCAUGUUCAUGGAUGGGAAGACACAAUAUUGUUAAGAUGUUGAUUUUCUCUGUAUUGAUUUAAAGUUGUCCCAGUCAACAGACAUAUAUAUAUGUGUGUGUGUGUGUUUGUGUGUGUGUGUGUAUACACAUACAUAAGUUGACAAGUUAAUCUAAAACUUAUAUGGAAAUAUAAAGACCUAGAAUAGUGAAACAGUCUUGAAAAAGAAAAACGCAGUUGGAGAAAUAAGACUUUACUAUAACGAUAGACCAAUCAGUAGAGUGUGGUGUGGACAGAAUGGAGUCCAUAAAUAGACCCACACAUUAUACACUGAACAACACCCAGUCUGUUCCAUUGGGAAAGGAAGGACUUCUCAACAAAUGUGAUAGAACCAGUGGGUCAAGUUUUGGAAAAAAGGAACCUUAUAAAUGAUGUAAUUGCUUAUAUACUUGAAAUCAUGCAGUAUGUACUCACGUGGAUUUUUUUCACUCAGUAUUGAGUUAUUUGCGAUUCACCCAUGUUUUGUGCAUGUCAGUAUCUUGUUCCUUUGUUGCUGAGCAGGAUUCCAUUGUAUCACACAUUGUUUACCCAUUUUUAUGUUGAUGCACAUUUGGUUGGCUUCCAGUUUUUGGUGAUUACGAAUAAAGCUGUUGUGAACAUAUUUAUACAA